AUAUAAAAAGAGCUUGGAAAUUUCUUUUGCUAGAAAUUUCAGCUGUUGAAAAUGAUUUUUGCUUCUCUCUAUCUUUCCUUCUUCCUCAACUACCUAAGUAUCUACCUUGCUGCAUCCUACUCUCCACCUUCAUACGUUCCUGAUCUCAACUGUAUACCUCUUGCUUGUGGUUUAACCAGCAAUACAACAUCAAUGGAUGGCCGAAUCUGGCUUGCAGACGCCAAUUCAAAAUUCUUUCCCUCAGAGCAAGGCAUUAAUAACGCAUCAAUAGCAGUUGAAUCUCCUAAAAAUUUGGACACUUCAGCUCCAUACACAGCUGCUCGAAUUUCUCGCUCUCAAUUUACCUACAUGUUUCCUCUCAGUGUUGGAACUCUAUUUAUCCGCCUCCAUUUUUAUCCUGCUCCUUACUUGGAUUUCAAUACCUCUAAAGCAUACUUUUCUGUCAAAACGGAUAGCCAUACUCUUCUUAGCAAUUUUAGUUCUAAGGUUGUCGGGUUUGGCCAGUUUUUCAGAGAAUUUUGGUUAGUCAUAGAGGAUGAGGAAAUACUAAACUUAACAUUCGCUCCGAGUCCUGGUAUGGAAGAUGCAUUUGCUUUUAUUAAUGGGAUUGAACUGAUGUCCAUACCCACCUAUCUUUACGAUACUCCAGCAGGUAACCCACGAUUGAAAUUUGUAGGCCAAAAUAAUCCUCUGGACCUUGUAAACAAGGCUGUCUUAGAGUUUAGGUUCAGAAUAAAUGUCGGGGGACGUUAUAUUUCACCCCCAGAAGAUACAAAGCUGUGUCGAGUCUGGGAGAAUGAUGACGAGUACUUGACAAUUGCAAAACCAAGUGCUAUUAUUGUGAACGCUAGUACCGUUCCACUCAGAUACAGCAUCUAUACUCGUUUCGCUGCACCAGACUUGGUAUAUAAAACUUAUAGAUCAAUGGGUACAGACAAAUAUGCAAAUGAGAAUUACAAUCUCACUUGGGAAUUUCAGGUUGAUUCUGGAUUCACUUAUUUUGUUAGGCUUCAUUUUUGUGAGUUUCAGCCGACAAUAACUGAAGAUGGAAACAGAGUUUUCCAGAUAUACAUAGCCGGUCAACUUGCUGAGUCUGAAGCAGAUAUAAUUUAUUGGAGUGGUGGAAAUCGAAUUCCUGUUUUUCAAGAUUAUGCAGUGACUACGGUAACAAGAGGAAAUGAAAAGGUGCAGAAUUUAUCUAUUGCCUUGCAUCCUGUCACAAAUCUCACUGUUUACUCUGAUGCAAUUCUGAAUGGGAUUGAAAUCUUCAAAAUGAUAGGUCCAGAAAUUCAUACAACAUCCGCCUGGAAAUCAAGAAAGCCCAAAAAAAAAACGAUAACAAAAAUUGCUGUGGUUGGUGCUACUAUAUUAACUUUUAUUGUACUUCCUCUUUCAUUCUUGUUAAUUGUUGGAGUUCGAAGAAGAUUAACAGAUAAGAAUUCUGGAAAUAUGUCUCCAUGGGGCCCUAAUUGCGCUGAGAUUGAUGGUCCAUCUCUACCUUACAAUCAUAAUCUUUGUCAUCACUUUUCUGCAAUUGAGAUUAGAGAAGCUACCAACAACUUCGACAAAUCAUUCAUUAUAGGUGUUGGUGGGUUUGGGAAUGUUUACAAAGGAACAAUUAACAAUGGGACUAAAACAGUUGCAAUCAAACGGCUGAGCCCAGGUUCAGAACAGGGAGCAAAUGAGUUCAAGACAGAGAUUGAAAUGCUUUCUCAACUUCGACACCAUCAUUUGGUUUCUCUAAUCGGCUACUGCAAUCAAGAUAAUGAAAUGAUUCUAGUCUAUGAUUACAUGGCUCACGGUACCCUUCGCGAUCAUCUCUACAACACUACUAAUCCUCCUCUUCCAUGGAAUCAAAGACUAGAGGUCUGCCUUGGCGCAGCACGUGGCCUUCAUUACCUCCAUUGCCUUCAUUCAGGAACAAAAAAUGCAAUAAUUCAUCGAGAUGUGAAGUCAACAAAUAUCUUAAUAGAUGAGAACUGGGUAGCGAAGGUUUCAGAUUUUGGAUUGUCAAAAAUGCGCACAGCUAAUAACUCUAGUAAGUCACAUAUCACUACAGUAGUAAAGGGUAGCUACGGGUACUUGGACCCUGAGUAUUACAGACGCAAACAAUUGACAGAGAAGUCUGAUGUUUACUCAUUUGGAGUGGUUCUUUUUGAAGCAUUAUGUGCUAGACCUGCUGUAGACCAAACUGUAGAAGAUGAUGAUUACAAUGAACAAGUCAGUUUAGCUGUUUGGGCCCGGAAAUGUUAUUGUGAUGGAACUCUUUAUCAGAUAAUCGAUCCAAUCCUGGUAGGGAAGAUUGCACCAGAGUGUUUUAAAAUAUUUAGCGAGAUUGCUGUGUGUUGUUUGUCUGAUGAGAGGAUCAAAAGGGCAUCAAUGAGUGAUGUUGUCUCUGGCCUUGAACUUGCCUUAAAGCUACAAAGGAGUGCAGAAGAUAAAUUUGGAGUAGACUUUGACCUCGAUCAGAUUUCCCUUGAUGUGUCUCCAAACAUUUUAUCUUUGCUUAAAAUUAAAAACUCUACCAUUGAUGAGAACUGCAGCAAGUUUUCAAUUGAAGAGAGCUGCAAUAGCGAUUCUGUUGAAAUGACAUUCUUGGGAGCACAAGAGAGACAAGGUGAUUAUGAUGACUCAUGUUCUUAAAUGUGGUUAUUUGGUGAAGUUAAGUGUUACACCUCCUUAUUGUACCAUAUAUUUUUAGAAAAUCCAUGUAUUCCAAUCAAUUUCUUAAUUUUUAUGAAAAGAUCAUACGUUGUUAUUAAAUUGGAACGGAAAGAGUAAAACUUAAUAUGUAAUCAGUACAUUUUUUUAGUAAUAUUUAAUAGUUGUUUAUUAUUUUAAAAAUAAUUAUUGAUUGUUGAACUCGUUUUGUGAAUUUCUAUAGACUUUAAUUUAUUAAUAAUCGGAUUUGGUCUUUGUUUUAAUUACUGGUCCUUAAACAUAAAAGAUAAAGAUAGAGAGGAGUGGAUGUGCAAUGAGAGAAAAUAGGAGAAAGGUGGG